AUGUCAGAUGACGAGGAUUUUAUGCAGGAGUCCGACGAGGAGCAACUGGGGCAGUACGAAAAGGCUGCCGACCACUACGCCGAGCUCCUCACAUACGUCAAAUCGGCCGUAACUCGCAACUACUCGGAAAAGUCCAUCAACAAUAUGUUGGACCAUAUAGAGAAGGGGGUCGACAACUCGCAGGCGGUGCGAUGCGUGGAGAAGUUCUAUUCGCUCACUCUAGCGAGCUUCCAAACGAGCAACGAGAGGUUGUGGCUCAAGACCAACGUGAAGCUGGCCAAGCUGUUACUGGACCGCAAGGAUUACCCGGAGGUGUCCAAGAAGCUCAGAGAGCUUCAUAAGGCGUGCCAGCGCGAGGACGGGAGCGAUGACCCGAGCAAGGGGACAUAUUCGCUAGAGAUUUACGCUCUGGAGAUCCAGAUGCUGGCCGAGACCAAGAACAACAAACAACUCAAGACUCUGUACCAGCGGGCGCUCAAGGUCAAGUCGGUAGUUCCACACCCGCGGGUCAUGGGCAUCAUCCGUGAGUGUGGUGGCAAGAUGCACAUGAGCGAGGAGAACUGGAAGGAGGCGCAGAAGGACUUCUCCGAUUCUUUUCGCAACUACGACGAGGCCGGAUCGCUGCAAAGGAUUCAGGUGCUCAAGUACCUGUUACUGACGACGAUGUUGAUGAGGUCGAACAUCAACCCGUUUGACUCGCAGGAGACAAAGCCUUAUAAAUCAGACCCGCGCAUCUCGGCCAUGACGGAACUGGUUGACGCGUACCAGCGCGACGACGUGCACGAGUACGAGAGUAUCCUCAAUCGGAACCAGGACUUGUUGUCAGACCCCUUCAUUGCCGAGAAUAUUGACGAGGUAACGCGAAACAUGCGUACAAAGGGCCUGGUCCGACUCGUCGCCCCCUACACGCGGAUGAAGCUCUCGUGGCUUGCUUCUCAGCUCAGAAUACCCGAGUCCGAGGUCCAGGACAUUAUUGGGUUCCUCAUUGUCGACGGUAAGAUCCGCGGCCAGAUCAACCAGCAGGACGGUGUGCUCGAGAUUACAUCUGACGCCGACUCGGAGAGAAUUGCGGCCCUGCGAGGCCUCACCAAAUCGAUGGCCGACAUAUUUGGGGCCAUCUUCACCGACGGCGAGGGCUUCCGCAACGAUCAAAGCACCUUAGAGGUGGAUUCGCGGGCAGCGCCACAUUCCACUAUGGAGCAGUUGCGACAUAAAUCCAAGGGGAAGAAGGCCAAGGCUUCUGCAUUAGCAUGA